CCCCUCUAGCCGCUCGCGCUCGAUGCCCCGCGGUCGCGGGUGGCCAGCUGCCAGCCGCCGGCCGGGAGGAGUGCGCGGAGGGAGGCGGGGCGGCCGGCGGAGGUUUCCCCAGGGCCGGAGCGGCGGGAGACCUGAGCAGGCUCUGUGACAGCUCGUCGGCCGCCAUGUCAGCGAGCGGGGCUGAAGGCCGACCCGGCGCCUGGCUGUAGCUCCUGCGCCUGAGCUCCCAGACAUUGAAGGACUCUAAUGAAACGUAAAUGGUUCAACAAAAGAUGCUCUAAUGGAUGACAGCGAAACGCCUACAUAUAAUCUGCAGAUAGAACCACAAGAUGGGUGUUAUCCUGGUGACGGCGUGGAAAGUAGAGUAACACACUUACCCUCUGCAUCAGACGAAAAUGAGAAUCAGCUUGGUGGGGAUGGGCGUGAGCCUCUGACCGGCAGCGACAGUGCCAUGGGCAGGCCUGAAGUGUUUGCACAGGACAGUCUCAACAAUAAUGAUGGCUGCACACCACCCUGUGAGGUGGCUGCGGGAGAGAAUUCGAAAGGCAUUUCUCGUGAAGGCCCCGGAGAUGGACAGGCCUUUUUGGAAAAGGACAGAGUAAUACCUGGAAAGAAAAGUGCAAAAAGCAAAAGGGGUGCUGCCAAGAAGACACCAGCAGGCCUUUCUUCAGGAGAUGCCACACCUUUAAUGAAAGAAAAUAUACUAAAUGCAGCCACACAUGCAGUUAGUGAUGAAGAGUCUGCAGAAGUAAAUGCUAAUGAUCGGCCAGAAGCCCCAAAGCUAGUUCUUCAAUCUCUGUUCUCACUUACACGAGGUGAAGUUGAGCAGUUGGAUUCAAGAGCCCUUCCCCUUUGCCUUCAUCAGAUAGCAGAGUCCUAUUUCCAGGAGGAGGACUAUGAGAGAGCAAUGAAAUUCAUUCAGCUUGAACGACUGUAUCAUGAGCAAUUGCUUGUAAAUCUUUCUACCAUUCAGGAACAGUGGGAAACAAAAUGGAAGACUGUACAACCACAUACAGUUACAUCUCUAAGGAAUUCAGAAAAAGGCUUUAAUGGUGAAGAUUUUGAACGGCUUACUAAAUUUUGUUCAACACAUCAAUAUCCUCUUUUAUCCAAACGUAAGAUAGCAGCUGUAGAAAAGUCCCUGGGAAGGAAAUGCCUUCUGCAGUUAAUAUUGUCUGAAGAUCCAAAGGAAAGAGGAGCUACAGCCAAAGAGCCGGAGAGUGAAGCUUGUCUUGGCAUGGAACCAAGUAAAGAAAGCCAACACAGAGAGGAGACCCUGGAGAGCAGCCCCUGCUGUCAGCAGACAGACGGGCAGGCAGGUCUCCGCAGCCUUCUGGGAACUGCAGGGAAGCGCCACACGGAGGAGCUGCUCUGCAGCACCGGAGCCACCCCAGAGCUCCACGCCCAGCCCUUGGAGACUGCUGGGAGCAGGGCUGUGCCACACUCUUCCGAUAAUGCUUGUGAGGAUGACAGCAGCUUGCAGCUGGCUCAGACGGAGGCCUGCCACAAUGUAGCCAAAAGAGAGGGCAUUGCUGAGGACCCUGAGGCGUCGCUUUCCAGGGGGUCCAUGUUAGAGCCAUUGACUUUACCAGCCUCUCACCUCGUAUCUUCUGUGUUGAUUUCUGAUGGUAAAUACUCACAGGCUCAAAGAAAGGAACUCCACUUGCCACUUCAGGGUGCUUCUGAGGCAUGGCCCACGGACCAGCUUGAGAACAAUGAAAUAAAUGAGCUGCAGCAACCUGGCCUCACAGACUGUGAUGGAAAAUCACCACAGGGGCAGGCUGACUCAGAGUGCUCUGAGGGUGUGCUUUGUGGAAAUAAUGAACUAUCUGAGUUAAGUACACUGCUUCCAGAGGUGUAUAUGGCCCCAGAGGAAAAGGGAGCUGAGGAACACGUCAGCAAAGAAACCGAAGACUAUUUGAACAGCCUUCUAGAAGGAUGCUUAAAAGAUACUGAAGAGUCCCUUUCCUGUGAAGAUAACCAAGAGGAAGACUCUGAUCUCCUUCAAGAUCUUUCCCCUGAAGAAGCAUCCUACAGUCUGCAGGAGAAUCUGCCUUCCGAUGAUAGCUGUCUUUCUCUCGAUGAUCUUGCAAAAAGGAUAGAGAUUGCAGAGGUUGUUCCUGCUGAGGGAUUGGUCUCUAUAUUAAAGAAGAGGAAUGAUACUGUAGGAGAUCAUUCUGCCCAGAUGCAACAGAAACCAUCUAAGCGAAGAGUGAGAUUCCAAGAAAUAGAUGAUACCUUAGAUCAAGAUGAAGUUGGAGGUGGUUCCUGUGUUUUACUGGUCCUGCUGUGCAUAGCAACGGUUUUCCUUAGUGUGGGAGGAACUGCAUUAUACUGCACUUUUGGUGAUAUGGAUUCACCUGUUUGUACAGACUUUGCAGACAACAUGGACUUCUACUACACUAAGUUACUGCAGGGAAUGGCAGAACUUAAACACUGGGUCUACCUCUCCUAGCAGCGUGCAAGAGGGACAGGCACGCUGCCGCUAAACAAGGAUUUUCUACUUCUAAACAAGAAGUUGGAAAUAAGGUAUUUCUCUGGAUUUGCCACUACAUCCUCCUCCUACUGCUCUUCUGUUAUACUGUUGUGCCUGGUUCACCAUUCCUCUGGGUCUUACAUACAGAAAAGACAGCAGAGGCAGUUUCUCCACAUCUGCAAGCCACAGGACUGGGGCGGUUGGUGUGUAACCCUUCCAUUGCUUGUGUGAGUGACUUGGGAGGUCCUAACAGCAAGGCAGAGGGCUUCCCUGACGUCCCCACUCAGUGCCUAGGGAUGACAGGUAAAUACAGUAUGCCCAGUUAGUGCAUGAGACACACUUAUACUAAAAAAGUACUUGUUUAUCUCAAAUUCAAAUUGGGCAUCCCAUAUUUUUCUUGCUGCACGUGGCAGUCCUAUCAAUGCUCAAGUGGGUACAGAUACAGGACCAGAGGGAGGGGUUCAUCAGAGUGAGAGGUAGAAGGGGUUGAUUGCACACAAGGAGCUCUGGGAGCAGCUCUCAGCUCCGCUCCCCUUUCUGGAUUUGCUAAGCAUUGUAAUGUCUGGGUCUGUAAGCCAAAGGCCUGGCAUUAGCACAGCUGUGAGAUCAGUAAAUCUGCAAAGGGCAGAAUGGGGCCAGAAUUUGAUGGCAUUUGUGCUACUCAAAACUCUGGGUCUGUAGAAUUUAAGCUGGUAGUGUUUUGCAAAAGUGAGCCUUUAGAGCUUAGAAUGUAAUGCAGAAAAUUAACAUAGUACCUCACCUGAAGUGAAAAAUAUCCCAAAUGCCGAUCUGCAUGCUGUGUGCCCUAGUGUCCAUCUCACUCCACCGUCCACAUUGGAUGUACUCCCAGUUUUCAGUUAGCACCAGCUAAUACCACAAACAUGCGACAUGACCUAUAAUACCCACUUUAUUUUAGCUCUUAGGUCAUCUGGUUUUCAUUCAGGCCUUGUUCCAGAUAAAAGAUUGCUCGCUGCACCUCGCCAAAAUUAAAUUAUUCUUUUCCUCCUUUCGUGAAAAAAGAUAAAUUUUUCAUUUGAUGUAUUCCUAGGCUUAGCUUUCGAUUGCUCCUGCUUUUCACCAGCAACCAUUAGCCCCUCUGCCUUUUUGUUCACAGCUCAAGAAGGAUUUUCUACUCUAUUUGUUCUCAAAAGUGAGACCAGCUUCUCAGGAUGACAGCUGUAGUCUUUCUGUCUGACGUCUUCAGGACAGCAAACCCCAUUUUCUAUUAAAAAUGAUUACUCAUAAAUAGAAGUGCAUUAGUGUUAGCUGUGGCCAAAGCCAUCUUCCCUUCUGUGCAGAGUGAUAAACUGGUGAAAGGGCAGGAAGAGAAGGGUCAGGGCAGCCUGUCCCUGCAGAGCCACAGCCUGUGUGCGCAGAUGCCAGGCUCCUUGUGCAGAGUGAGCUUCUGUGUGUCCUGGAAAGAACCCUCCCCAGAGCUGCUUGGCCACUGCAGAUUUUAAUACAGGACGCAGGAAAUGCUGUGUGUGCCUGCACAUCUGCAAAACAUCCUGGAUUUGUCAGGAAAAAGCAUGAAAGAAGAGCAGGAAAGGCAAUAAAAGAUAACAGAACUUUAGAAAUUAUGUAUAUUGAUGAGUGUGUGUGGAUACAUUUUUGUUCCCAUCUAACUAGCUACUACUGAGUUGGGAUCAAUAAUUUAAAUAACACUGCUCAAGGGAAACGCUGAAAUGGUGAAACAACAAAACUCACCAAAUGCAGGCCUGAGAGGGGGCAGGGUCUUGGGGGAUGAGAAACACACCUGUCUGCAAAAGCCUCCCUCCAGAAGUUGCACACGUGGCCACGGCCUUUGCCUGGGUUGCCCUUCGCCAGAGCCCAGAGGCACUUCUCCAGGGAAGCUUCCACAGCAACCUUCCCGUGGCCUCCCUAGCUGAGUGCUGUCUUAGCUGCAGGAGUGGAAUGCACAGCCAGCCACCGUGUGAGUUCUGGGGUUGCCAGAUUUGGGCCCUUGUCCUUCCCUCCUUAACUUACUACUCAAUAGGACUUUUUGGUGGGAUAAUAUGGUAAAAAUGAAGUGUUUUUUCUUAUUCAAGUAAGGACUAAUCGGGACAAUCAGAAGCCUCAGGAAAUUUUAGCAACAGAGAACCCCCAUCUUAAAUUCCUGGAUGCCCUUCUUAAGCUCUUGCCUCACAAAAUUACAAGGAGGAAUGUUUUGUACCAGUCUGAACGGGAGACCCCUUGCAAGCACGUGGCCUGCUGGAGGAGGAGGGACUGGAGCUGGUGGCUGGAGAGGCUACAGAGCCUGCCUGCAACAAUUCCUGCUGCAUUGUCCAAACGUCCGUUAAACCAGUGAGAAGCCAGGCACUGGAGACUCUUUUGUCUUCCUCAGCAGUGUUUCUAAAAUCUGGAGACCACCUAUGAUGAGGAAGAAUGUGUGUUAUUUUUCGUAUUUUCUAAUAUGUUGCCACCAGAUUUAUUGACAUGCCAUUUUAAUGCUCGUCAUCUUUCCUGUGGUCACUGAGUCGCCUUGGGCAGUUGUGGCUGAUCUCUGGGGGCAAGCUGGGCCUUCAUCCUUGAGCAGGUGCAGGCCUGGCGUCUCGUAGCCAGUCCUCCUUGAGUGAAGGAACAGGGCAGGAGAGGGUCCUGCAGUGCGCCUCUGGGAUGGGGAGGAACCGGCACCCAGACCGCGUCCAAGGUGGACCCCAUGCUGGAGGUAUGGGGAGUCGGAGAGAGGAUGCUUGGAAGAGGAAGGAGAAUUCUCAUCCAGAGGCACAGAGAUGCACCUGGCUGCCUGGAGAACUCCCAGCCAAUCAGAGCCUGACUCCCCUCCUCUCCACCAAUCAAGGCUUGCACCACCAUGCCCUUCCCCCCUGCCCUGCCCAGGCCAGAGACAAGCUUCCCACUACUCACCAAUCAAGGCUUCAGACAAAGAAUGAUGUCAUCAAAGCCCACGUGGAUUCACUGCAUCCUCUAGCUGGACGGUACAUCCCUGCCUGGAAAGUUGGGCCUGCAGGUCUCUGUCACUAGGUUCCUGUUGUUUAGAGGAGAGAGGAGAGCAGAGAGAGGAGAGCAGGGCAAGGUAGGACAAUCUUUAGAGUUUAAAUUUAACAGGGCUGUUUCUGUUUUGUUUUUAAUUCUCUGUGUGUUUAGAGUACAAAGUACAGGGUGGAGAGAGGCAGGUGGGAAUCACCCCUCCCAUCCUGCACACUGUAUAAGAAGGCACAUUAAUUGAAAAAAAUGACACUAACUUAGAUGUUCAUGAGACUCCUGAUAUUGCAAGAAAAUUGUUCCUAAUCCCGUUCAGUGAGUAGAAUUUAUUUCCCCUUGAAAUGGAAAUCUCGAAUCAAAAAAAAAAUUGUCUACUGCUGCCCACAUUUAAAGGCCCUAAGUCAUUGCCAAUAAUAUUGGUGUACAAUUGAAGUUUUAGUUUGGGGGAGUUUGAUGAGAAAAGGGGAGAUACAUGUGCAGGUUAUAAAUUUUAUAAAGAAAAUUAUAAUUUUUAUUCCAAGAAAGUAAGUCUUACAACUGCUUUGGCUUCUAGGACUUAUGCUUAGGUGGAGAUCUGCAUGUGUGAAAAAGAAUUAGGCAUUAAAAGGACAGCCAUCAAAAGCCAAUAAUGAUACAUGACUCCAUAUGCCAAUGACGUGAUUUAGGCUGCAUUAAUAAAAACUUAACUUUAUAAAGCCAGGAUUGUACACUGGAGGAAAGACUUGCUGCCUCAACAGCUGGGUUUGUGGACAUGGUGAGAUUACUCGGUGACUCAGCUAGUUCCAUGGGAACGAGGAUUCCUAGGCACAGUCACUCAAGAUAGCUCUAAAGGUUUAUUUCAUAAAUAAACUCUGUGACAAGCUCAUUGUUUUUCCUCAAAUGGGAGAUUCCAAAACCAGGCCUUGACUGAGAUCUUGCUCUGCUGCAUGCUGGUUGUAGGCUUCCAGAACUGUCUUAGCUUCCAAGCGUUGCCUCUCCAGGACCACCCUCUCCUCAGAGCUUCCCACACACAGUGAUGGAUCAAAGCCAGGGUAUGAAGACCUGGCCAUCUCAGCCCAAAUCAGGACAUCCCUGGAGAGCAUCCCAGCCUGCAGGUGCCUGUGGGUCGGCCAAGCAUGUCCCUCUGCCCACUCCUGCUUUGGUCCCCUCUCCCACAGGGGCUGAACUCCGGGACACUGCUUCAUAAACAUCCAGCAACCAAAACAGCACUUCAGAGUCUGCCUCCCAGGAACCCAGCCUGCAAAUAAAUCAUGCCGGUUCUCUGUUCUGCAUUAGUUAGAUCACAUGUGCAGUGCUGUCCAGGAUUGAUUGGGACAAAGAUUCUACUCAAUCUGCAGUGCUUUCUAUUUUUCAAAGCUGCCUGAAAUUAAAUAGUCAUCCUGUGAGGGUGAGGAGAUCGUCAAGAAAAAUGCUAUUGGAUAGGUGAGGGAUGAGUGAAUGGGUAAAAUGAAAAAAACUAAGUGGAGGGACUGGACAAGGCCCUUUCCUACAUCAACACCUUAACAUGUGUUAUCAGUUUGCUAGAACUGCCAAAACAAAAUACACGAUCAGCAUGGCCUAAACAACAGACAUGAGUAUUCCCACAGGUCUGGAGACUGAAAGUCCAAGGUCAAGGUGUUGGCAAGGUGGCUUCUUCUGAGGCCUCUCCCCUGGGCUUGCAGAUGCUACCUGUCCCUGAGUCCUCACCUUUUCUAAGGACACCAGUUGUAAUAGAUGAGGGUCCACUCAUAUAACCUCAUUUUACCCUAAUUACCUCUUCAAAGGCACUAUUUCCAAACAUAGUCACAUUCUGAGGUACUAGGACUUAGGACUUCAACAUGUGAAUGGAGGAUGGGGAAAGGGGCACCGUUCAGCCCCUAACAAUAUUCCAGGGUUUUAUUGUAUCCCAGACACAUAGUACUCUUUAGCACACAUCCUGCCCAGUGUUGUUAUAAAAGAUCAAAUUCAGUAUUUAACUACACAAGACAGGGUUGGCCAAAAUUGUGUUUGAAGGUGUAAUCAUACAGUUACAGAAUUUUAACCGCUAAACAAGUAGUCACUUAGUAACCUUUGAAAUAAUGCUGGCUUCCUGGGUCUAGUAGCUAUGGCUACCAUUAUAUUACAGUACUUUAUCUAGGUAGGCUUAACAUUGGCCAGGGGAGUCAAAGCAAUCACACACAUUUGCACCAAUGUAUGUUCAUGCAAACGCAGACUCCAUACCCAAGGGACAAGGACUUUGUAGAUACAAUGAGAUAACUGGGUUUUCCGGGGAUAGCAUCUGAGUACAGAAAGAAAAAGGCUGUUAUGGCUUCACCUUUUGGAUUCAUUCAGUAUUCAUUUACUCAUCCAUUCAAACAAUAUUCCUUGGGUUCCAAUUACAUGGAAAGCAUCGUGCUAAUUGAUUUGGGAAAACCAACCUUGUAAAAAUCAAAAUCCCACCCCCAAAGGGAACAUUUGGGUCAGACAAGCUGAGCUGCCAUAAUGAUGCCUAAAGUAUGGGCUUCAUUGUCAUGAGGACAGGUUCCUUCCUGAGUCAGCUGUGUGGCCUUGACCAAAUCACCCAGCCUCUUUAAAAGCCUCUGUUUCCUCCUUCAUGCAGUGGAGAUAAUAGUAACACUUACCUUAUCGGUUGGCACCCUCAAAUGGUGUCUUGGGGAAGCUUUUCCCCAUCUUCCGUAACUGCCAUUUGCACCCCCUCCACAGCUGCCUGCAUAAGUAUGGAAUCUAUGGAAAAACAGCAUGUUUACUUGGCGUUCACAUACCCCUCUUCCAUAUCAGAUGGCAGCCCUUAAGGCCCUCCUACCCAGAAAUCUCCAAAGUACCAGUUUGCCUUCUAGGCUGUGAAAAUUAAAUGAGUGGAUGCAGGCAACACGUUUUCUCCUGUAAAUGCGCAAUGAGUGUUAGCUGUUAGUAAGGCAGUGUGUGGGUACCUACCCGGAGGGCACGGAGACCAACAGAUCCCAGUUUCCCCUCCUCCAUCUCAGGACAACACUCUGUACUGGAAAACCUACAUCAGGAUGUUAAAGGAUAUUCAUGUAAGUGACAUAGGGAUUCCGCAGGAGAAAGGGUCACUUUCUUUUUUUAAGAAUGAGGAAUGAUUUUGUGGAAGACGUUAAGAUUUAAUCUGGUUCCUGCAGGACAGCAAGUCCGAGUGAAAGGAAUGAGGUAAACAAGGACGUGGGGAAAGCCGGCCACAAGGCAUGCUCAUUCCGCAGGAAGGUGCCCUGGCGGAAUGGGGUCUUUGGCUGGGGUGCAGCGGCUGUUAGGACUAGAAGACAAGGUUGGAGCUAAGACAUGAAGCAUCUUUACAAGAUGAGCUGAAGAGGAGGUAGCUGGUGUGGAGUCAGUGAGGAACUACUGCCAAGUGAGAGCAUCAGAGGGCCUUCAAGGAGGCCGUUCAGGAGCCAGUUUAGUACCCUUAGGAGGAUGGGCUGACCUGGAGCGGGGAGAGGGCAGGGAGAAGGCCAGCAGGAAGGCAGCAGAUAAACUGACCAGAAGAGAGAGGAUGAGGACCUGAGCUCAGGCAGUGGCCAAGGGGCUGGCAAGGGGCUGUGGAUGGAGGGACCCACAGCAAGGUGCUCUUCUCAGUUGGUGGUAGAAAACAAGAGGGCACAGGAGUCAGUCAGAUAUGUCGUGGCCACUUAGCCUCAAACAGAAGUACAGAAAGAAUAAAGAGGGUGUAACUCGGGGGGAAAUGUGUUCCCAGGCUGGAGCAAAUAAAACACAAACCACUG